AUGAGUAAAUCCUUCUGCUAUUAGUGAUUUCUUCAGUUCUUCUACCUCCCCUGCUCUAUUCACAAGGUUGGGAGAUGGAGAGCUGCUUAGUUACCAGCGACAUGAACAUGCUAAUUAAUGUGCUUAACCAAGGCAACGAGCACAUGAGAGAGCUUCAGGCCCAACUCGACCAACCUUUCUCUGCUGAAGCUUGCAAACUGUUAGCAACCAAGGCUAAGUCUGCACUAUCAUCGGCCAUCUCCUUGGCCAAACUACUCGAGCCGAGUUGCCAAAGACCAACCGGCUUCGUCGACUCGCCGCCAUCGGCGAGCGAUAGCCCGAAGAGUGAUAGUUCUGAUAAGGUUUUCAAGGAGCUGGAACGCAGAGAGAUGUGCAAGAAGAGGAAGACUCUGCCACGUUGGAGCCGCCAGGUGAGAGCUUGUUCUAAUUCAGCCAUGGAGGGGCCACUUGAUGACGGAUAUAGCUGGAGGAAGUAUGGCCAAAAGGACAUACUUGGAGCUAAGUUUCCCAGGGGCUACUACAGAUGCACAUACCGCCACACCCAUGGCUGUCUCGCCACAAAGCAAGUUCAGCGCUCCAGCGAAGACGACUUCCUCUUCGACGUCACCUACCGCGGCGUUCACACCUGCAAUCACUGCCUGCAGAGAACCCCAACUCCGUCACCCAAAGAAGAGAACUUGAUCCAAAACCAAGCAUCAAAGCCUCAAGCUCAUCCUCACCAGCAACAACUCCUUGAGCAGUUGAAAACUGGUCUCAGAGUGAAAACUGAAGGUUUUAACUUCGAUGAACAGCUACUAGAGUCUUCUCCUUCCUUCUCCUUCCCCUCGACGCCACCAAAUUGUAUUAAGCCUCACAACAAUCUCUUCUCCUCAGCUUCGAUGCCGGAGAAUCAGUUAAUGGGGAACAACUCCACCACUACUUCCGCUGAAUCGAAUUACUUCUCUUUGUCACCUUGCGGGGUGAAUAACUUUGCUGGUGGGCUUAAUCUUCAGGGAUUUGAUACGGAGAUUGCGGAGAUAAUAUCUGCUGCGGCUUCCACGACGAAUUCACCUAUGCUUGGGAUGGAUUUUCCAAUGGAGCAGAUUGAGUUCGAGACAGAUUUUCCUUUUGGUUUCUGCUGAAGAUAGAUGAGAAUCUGAGCGGCCAAAGAAUUUUGUUUGUUUUAUUGCUUUGUUGUAAGUGCGUGUAUAGAUUAGGUGGAUUUAAUCUCUGCUGCAGCUGUAGUUUACCCCGUUUUGUUAGAAGAGAAUGAAAUACUCUGUUUUAGUGUCUUGUAGGAAUGAUGGUUGGAUUUGAUCUGUGACGGAAACGUCCGGCAUUAACGAACUAUCGAAGUUAUUAUGUUCUUACU